AUGGUGAAAAACACAAAUCAUGCCAUUAUGUUGCUGCGUUUCCCAGAGCACAUGUACUGGGGAGGGAUUCUUCAAGGACUAUAUCCACCCCCUCUAUCACUCUUUCCUCUUCUCCUCCUAAUGUUGUUGCCUUUGGAUGCAGUAAGUAGUGUACCAGGUUUGGAAUAUGACUGGGGCACACAACCUAAACUUGUUUGCAUCCCUAUCCCUGCAGAUGCAGACCCUAGUUGUUUCACACCAGGUGGGGCUGCACAUGGGCCUAACAGCAAUGGGCAUGGGAAUGGACAUCAUGGGCCAGUUAGUGGGCUGCCAAAUGGUCAUAGUAGUAGUAGUGGUAGCCAACAUGGCAUAUCCGAUGAGGCCAAAGCCACCAUCCUUCACCUGAGGGAGAGCCUCGUGCGACAGAAGGAAACAAUCCUCGAUCAGCGAGAGACCAUUCGUGAACUGACAGCAAAACUGACCCUCUGCGAGGGCUUUGGGAGAGGGGCAGGAGGGCACCAUGAUGACCAUCAUGGCCCUUCACACCACAACUCUCAUCAUUCCUCACACCACUAUGACAACCAUCAUGCUGAUCCACACUUCCCUUUAAACGGGCAUCGCAAUGAUCAUCACAGAGGCAAAUCUCCAUAUAUGGGCAAACAUGGGAGCUUUUCCCCAGAACAAACAGGAAAGACCUUGCAAGCUUUGAAGGAGAGGCUGGAAAAUCUUCAGACAAGAAAUUCUUCCAGUUCCUAUUCAAGUUCAUUGAGAGACCUCCUACAACGUAAAAUCAACGCACUGGAAGAACAGCUCCAUCAUCACUAUGACAGUCAUCACAACUAUGGUCACCAUGACAAUCAUCAUGGAUAUGAUCAUCAUGAUGAUCACGAUCACCAUGACCACGAUGACCACCAUAAUAAUCACCACAAUAACCCCUAUGAUGACCAUCACCACUAUGACAAUCACCAUGACAAUCAUCAUAAUGGCCAUGAUGACCAUCAUGACACCCACCAUAACAACCACCCUGAUGAUGACCAUGAUGAUGGUAAUCAUGACAGUGGUCAUCAUGUGGAUGUGCAUCAAAGCAAUGGUCAGCACGAUGAUCGACACCAUGGCAGUGAUGAUAAUGGACACCAUCCACAAAUCCCGUACAAGCCAAAUUGGUCAAGACCUCCUGCCCGUGGAACCCACAAUAAAUUAGAUACAGUACUCAGUAAUCUUCACCACAAGACUCCUGAAGCAGGACCAAACAAGAAGCCCAAGAAUCCUGAUGCUUUUCAGAUUGGGUUUCCAAUGCGCACCAACUAUAUGUAUGGCCGGAUCAAGCGCACCCUUCUGAAUGAGAUCUUCGCCUUAACAGUUUGUCUUUGGUUAAAAGGGGGCUCAGGUCCUGGGAUCGGAACACCAUUCUCAUACUCUGUCCCGGGUCAAGCCAAUGAACUUGUCCUGAUUGAGUGGGGCAACAAUCCUGUGGAACUACUAGUGAAUGACAAGGCCGUCACUCUUCCUGUUUCUCUGACAGACAGUAAGUGGCACCACCUCUGUGUGACAUGGUCCACACGUGAUGGCAUGUGGGAAGCUUAUCAGGAUGGUGUGAAAAGGGGCUCUGGGGAGAAUCUGUCCUCUUGGCAUCCAAUUAAACCAGGAGGAGUCUUUAUCCUCGGACAAGAGCAGGACACUCUGGGUGGCCGUUUUGAUGCCACACAAUCUUUUGUGGGCGAGAUGUCGGAUCUACAAUUCUGGUCACGUGUGCUGACCUCUACUGAGAUCUACAACCAAGCUUCCUGCUCCAGCCAUCUCACUGGGGAUGUCAUCACUUGGAGCGAGCCCAUGAUCGAACUCCAUGGAGGAGUCACAAAAUAUUCAUUUGACCCUUGUCAUUAAGGAUCUAAUGACCAGCCAUCCCAAAAAGAGCCAGAUGUUGAGUUUAUAGGCCACCAAGUAUAUAUCUUCCUACCGUUGCUUUACUUGCAGCUUGAAACGUGGACAAAUACUGUAUGAGUCCAGUUGGCAAGACGUUGAAUGCAAAGCCGAAUACAAGGACUCCAACAGCAGCUGCUACUGCAGAGAUUCCCAUGGCAGGCUGAAAGGAUUCACUAUAUUCCAAAAAGUUCCAUAUAAGCAUUUGUUCACUUUCAAGUGGAGUGUAAGAACUGUAUAGUGAAAGAACUUCAGUACACAGUGCACAUGCAAAGACACUCCACACAAAAAGAAAAAAUAAAUAACAACAUUACAAUUUGUAUGCACUGUGAAAAUAUACUAGACUGAAGUCCAUAAGAAGGAACCAAGUGGAAUAUUUUUAUAUCUGUAAAAUUCAAGUUAAAUUGAAGAAAUAUAAACUUUUUUCCAUUUCUUUGGCUAGACCCAUUUGAAUUGGCUCUAGGGAGUAUGGAGGCAACAGUGAGUUUUAAAGGCCUACUUUAAGCCUUUGUAUUACAUUUAAUUUAUGCUGCAUUUAUUUUUAUUUUUUUUAAAGCCUGGGCCCGUAUUCACAAAAAAUCUUAAGGCUAAAAGUAGCAAAUGCAAAAAUUUAGGAGCAACUCGUUUCGCUCCUAAUUUUAGGACUCGUAAAAUUUUCAUCUAAGAGUAAUUCAUGACUUCCAACUUCUUAAGAGUGACACAAACGAUCGAAGCAUGGCUGCUGUCGUCAAUUCACAUUAAAAACAAUAUAUUAGAAUAAUAUAAUGACACUGACUGUUUAAAAAGGUAUCUCCUGAAUCACAACUGAGUCAAUGUAUUUUAAUGAUAUAAUAUUAUACAUAUUAUAAUGUUGACAUUGACCAUUAAAAAAGGUAUCCCCUGAAUCUCGAGGGUGUUUUCAUUAUUGUAAACUCAGUUGGAGAUGCAGUUACU